AGACUUUUUUUAACUCACGAGACAUGUUGUAUGAUUCCAGGCUUUUUAUCUUCUUUCUGUCUCUGUUGUUUCUCUCCAUUCCCAUUAUCCAUUUCCUGGGGAUAUAAUAUGGACGAGGAAGAUCGAAGAAACCUGAUUAAAGAUCAGAUUCUCCAUGAUUGAUGAUGCAUGCUUGAUAUCGUCUCUCCACCCAUCUUGGUAACAGAACAGAGAUGAGAAACAAAUUUCUCCAUGCUCCGAUUCUUUCAGGUUCUUGUUGCUGCGUCUCUCGAAUUGCGAAGUGGCUGAUGCAAUUGGUUCCCGAUGGAGGACUUACCCGAUCCAUUAGUGUGGGAGAUCUUGGGCAGGAUAAGGAAGAAUGUAGAUCGAAACUCGGCUUCUUUAUCCUGUAAGCGCCUUUAUGAGCUCGAUAACGACCACAGGCGUUCUCUUCGGGUCGGGUGUGGGUUAGACCCUGCCAACGAGGGCUUGAUGUCUCUCUGCCUCCGCUUUCCCAACCUAUCUAGGGUAGAGAUUACUUAUUCGGGUUGGAUGUCCAAACUGGGAAAGCAAUUGGAUGAUCAAGGGCUGCUCAUCCUCUCCAGUUACUGCCCUUACUUGACCGAUCUCACCUUAAGUUACUGCGCGUACAUUACCGAUGCAGGUCUUAGGCACUUAGCGUCUUGCUCCAGGCUGUCGUCCUUAAAGUUGAAUUUCAGCCCGCGAAUCACGGGCUGUGGAAUACUGACUCUUGCUGUGGGAUGCAAGAAUCUCAAGACUCUGCACCUCGUCCGUUGUAUAAAUGUGUGCAGCGCAGAGUGGCUCGAGUACUUUGGCAGGCUUGGAACUCUAGAGGACCUUUUGAUCAAGAACUGCCGUGCAAUUGGGGAGGGCGAUUUGAUUAAGUUAGGCAGGGGUUGGAGGACGAUCAAACGGCUCCAGUUCGAGGUGGACCCAAAUUAUCGGUACAUGAAGGUUUAUGAUCGGUUGACUGUGGAUCAGUGGCAAACACAGCGGAUCCCUUGUGAGAGCUUGCUCGAGCUAAGUCUGGUUAAUUGUGUUAUCAAUCCCGGGAGAGGUCUUGCCACGGUUCUUGGUAAAUGCAGAAACUUGGAGAAGGUUCACUUGGACAUGUGUUUUGGGGUUCGGGAUAGUGACAUUAUCGGAUUAGCUUGUGUUUCCAGUAAGCUCCGCUCUCUGUCGCUUAGGGUCCCAUCAGACUAUUCCCUCCCGCUUCUUAUGAACAAUCCAUUAAGGUUAACCGAUGAGAGCCUAAAGGCCGUGGCCGAGAACUGUCAGUUGCUUGAGGAGGUCAGAAUAUCAUUCUCGGAUGGGGAGUUCCCUUCCUUCUCUUCAUUCACCCUCAACGGGAUACUCAGACUAGUCCGGAUGUGCCCUAUACGGGUCCUUGUGCUUGACCAUGUGGACUCUUUCAACGAUGAAGGGAUGGAAGCUUUAUGUUCCUCUAAUUCCCUGGAAACUCUGGAGUUGGUCCGGUGCCAGGAGAUAAGUGACGAGGGUAUGCAGCUUGUGGCACAAUUUUGCCGAUUGCAAGAUUUGAGGUUGAGGAAAUGUCUCGGGGUAACUGAUGACGGGCUGAAACCGCUCGUGGGGUCAGGCAAGUUGAGGCUGCUCUCGGUGGAGGAUUGUCCACAGAUAUCUGAAAGGGGCCUUCAAAGUGCAGCCAGAUCGAUUUCCUUCCGGCAAGAUUUGUCAUGGAUGUACUAAUCUUCUGUGCUAUUCACAUGCUCUAUUGUUCCCUUUUUUUUUUGUCGGUGGACCUAUUGUUCCCAUUUAUUUGACACUAUUUUCGGCUCAUCAGAUUGAUCUUGCAUUUACUUUUGUCAGUGCUCCAAAAUCAUUACUAGAAUAUAUUUGUAUGUAUCACUAGGGGUGUUCGGUUUCGAAAUCCUACUUUUU